UCUGUAUUCAUCUCGUGCCCUGCUCGUCGUCAUUGAUCGUCGCUGUUCGGGGCGGCAAAACAUCUCGCAGGCUCUGUUGCGUUUGUCGUCCUCAAGCGGACCGCACAUCGCAUCGUCUCGUCGUCGCUGUCGGUUUGCAUACUCGCGCGCGCUGCUCCUCGCCGAUUUUCCUGCUCGGAUCUGUCUGUGAUCUGUGUGUGAGACCGUUCCUGCAUCCAGCAGAUGCGUUCUGCUCUGGAUUCGCGCAAACCAGGAAGAAAUUGAUUCCGAACGAAUCAAACCAAAUUUGUUCAAGUGACAUCAACGCCUCAUAAGUGACGAAACUCCUCAGAAAGUGCCUACAGCAUAAAAAACCAAACUCAAGACUCCUCCAAACGUCCAAGAACGGUGCGAUUUCAAUCUCUCUCCCUACUAGAGUGGAGACAGAUGACCAACAAGUGACAAUCUCCGUCGUCGAAAGUGCAAGUGACCUGCUGCUCCUCGUGCGACACCACCGCCAUCAUUAGAGAAGCCUAAUUAGCACCGUCUUCGUCUUCAGUCGUCAGUCGUCGUCGUGAUCUGAUAACGCGGGAGAAAAAAACUGAAGAAGCCACGAAACUCUACGCGGCGCGGGGAAAAAAGUACCUUCCAAAGACGGCACAGCAGCCAGUCAAGUGUAUGUUUCAUGUUUUUUGUUGUGUGGUGGACGGAAAAAAAUGAGAUCCAACUUUGCGCACGAUUAAAGAUAAUGACAAAUGAUUACCGGUUCGUCUACUAGUGGAACCAUCAUCAGCAGCAAGUUGUCCGUGCGUAGAUACACCGUAGGUGAGUUUUGCAGGCUAAUUGUCGCAACUGUGAGAAGAAAGUGAAACUGUAGCAGCGAAGAGACGAUCUUCAAGGUCUCGAGUGCCCUAGGAAGUGCCCACGGUGUCCCACGGUGUGGUUAAGUGAACAAGAAACCCGACGACUCGUUUGUCGAUCCGUCGGGAAGACUGAAGUGAAGUGAAGUUAUUUACGUGGAAAAACCGGACCUCGGACAAACCCGAAUGUGAUCCCUAUCGAUCGAAGAAGAGACGCGAUCGGGUUCGGAUUAAAUUAUUAAAAAUUAAUGGUCGUCGUUGAGACUGCGCUUAUGUUAAUUGAAGUUCGGAGGGGUGUUUAAAGGCCGAAGAUUCGCAUCGGUUCGGGUUGUGGCCUUUAAGGAAGCUCGUUAAGACUUUGCACCGUUCUCUUGUUGUUGAUCGAAGGAAAACCACUGCACCAGGCCAAGUGCAGUAAAGUGGAUCGUUGACUGUUCUUUUUUUUGGAUUUGGGGUCCGCGUGGAGGUCCUGCCUUAACUGAAGAGCCUCCACCGAGUGAUUACGUAGACACGUUCGGGUUGUUGGUCCUGACCUUUGCGAUAGCGGCGGUGUGAUCUUUUCGUGCAAAAUUCCUUACGUAAAAAAAAAUCGCGCGUGAAGCUCGUUGCUCUCGUUCGACAAUCAGCUCACGUCUCCGCAGAAAUAAUAUGAAAAUAUGCGCAAAAAGUCUGCCACUCUUCAACUCGGUCUCGUCGUCUGACUGACCUUUCCCGCGGAUCUUCUGGACCAGCCAAGUCAACGGCUCGGACGGCCUCUCGAGUGGAUGUGUACCGACAUAUGUUUGUGUUAUAAAUAAUCUCAAGUGCUCGCGUCGUCCAGCCUCCAAAAACGGAGAGAUAUCUUCCUGUGCGUGAGAUUGACUUUUUAACCACCAACAACAGUGAAGAGAUCGGUGAAACAUUGAAACACUAAAUGACACUUUGUAUGUGCUUCAGCCUCGAAACAAUUGCGUCCUUCUUUUCGCUUCGAAAGCUCAUGUGACAUUAAGAUUGAACCAUCAUCGUCAUCAUCUGAAACCGUGUGUAAGAAGUGAAGUUCCCAAAAAAUAUAUCAAACUCGUGUGGGAUUCAACAAUCCCUGUGUCUGUAAGUGUAUCCACCAGCAAGAAGAAGAGCCCUUUCCGGAAUCGGUUUUGGAAGAAACAACGGAGUGAUUCUUUGCCGGAGUAUCGCGUGUGUGCUUCUUUUUCGAAAAGUCACACUUUCAAGUGGAGGACCCCUGGCAAGAAGAUCAGACUAAGGCGAGGGAGAGUGAAGUGGAUCAUCGUCAAACGGCAGAAGCAACUGGCCGAGCAUAUCUCUUUUUUUUUUCUUCUGGAAGAUAUCAUCAUCUCCAGCUCCAAGUCCGUUCUUCAUCGUUGCCAAAAAUAAAACACCGAAAUCCUUGAAAGAAUCAAUCAACUUCAUCAAGCAAACCACGAGACAAGAACGUAGGACAAAAAAAUGGAUCAAGCCUAAUCAUUAGCCCCUCAUUCGAGACAAUCGCAGCAUUCGAACAUCGCCUUGUCUCUUCAGCGCCGGACCAAAAUCACCAUCACGCCAAAUCGGGAAUAAGGACCACGCUUCUCUCUGAACCGGGGAAUGCCAAGUGAGAUCGAGUGCUAAGAGGAAAAAGAUGCGAGAAAAAGAUCACUCCCCAAGAAAGAUGCUCCCCAGUCCCAAGCAAGCAGCGGUCUACCCGUUACUCGGCCUAGGGUCGACCCUCUCGGCUCAGCUGCCGUUCGACUUCUCCACCAGCAACCGAUCCUCUUCAUCCAAUCUGCUCCACCAACAACAGAGCCUGCUCGAUCAACCAUUAGAUCUACGAGUGGAGCGCAAAAAGUCCUCCAACAGCAGCAGUUCAACGUCGGAUGAAGACGAAUCCCCACGGACGCCGGCCGAAGAUGUCGUCAAACCCAGCAGCGUAACGUCCUUCCAAGACAACAAUAACAACAACAACCUAAGAGAUAACAACACCGAUAGCAGCAAUAAGAGCCCAAGCCCGAUCCAUCUUAACAACAACAACAACAGCGUUAAAUACACCAACAACAACCACAUCAACGUAAAGGACGAGUUCCGAAUAUCUAACCUAGCAAACCACAGUCCGCCGAUCUUCCCUCCGCCGGGGAUCAACCCCCUGAUGUUGGAAGCGAUCGCCAAAGCUGGACUUCCACUGCCCGGAUACCGGAACCAAUUCCUCCCCGCGCGAUCACCCGUUUCGUUCGAUCUCCAACGGUUAUCUCAGCUGAGGCAAUCCAGCAAUGGCAACGGCCUUGCCAACAACAAUAACAACAACAACGCCAACAGCAUCAACCACAAUCUACCGCCAGGUGCCGCCACCAAGAACAAAGAUCGCUACUCGUGCAAGUUCUGUGGCAAAGUAUUCCCCCGUUCCGCGAACCUCACGCGUCACCUGCGGACACAUACCGGCGAACAGCCCUACAAGUGCAAAUACUGCGAGCGUUCCUUCAGCAUAUCGAGCAACCUGCAGCGCCACGUGCGAAACAUCCACAACAAGGAACGCCCCUUCAAGUGCGCCCUCUGCGAACGCUGUUUCGGUCAGCAGACGAACCUCGAUCGGCACCUCAAGAAGCACGAAGCCGACGUCACCAGUCUGGGUCUUGGCCUGGACGAACGUCUCCGAGCUGCGCGACGAAACUCGCGCGGUAUCCCGGAGGAUUCCUACUUCGAAGAAAUUCGUUCCUUCAUGGGUAAAGUGACGCAGCUGCCGAUCCCGCUGAGGAUGCAGCAUCACCAGGCGGCGGCAGCAGCUGCCGCAGCUCAACAUCCCCAGCUGCACCACCAAUCGUCGUUGGCUCAGCAGGUUCAACAGCAGCAGCAGCAGCAACAGCAAGCUCAUCAACAGCAUCAGCUGGACGCGAGUUCGUCACGUAGUUCGACGCCUUCGGAUCCGGGAUCGCCGGCGGGAAGUUCCCACAGCGCCCACCUGGAGAUCAAGAUGGAAACGAACGACGAUGACGAGGAGGAUGCCGAGCAGGUGCAGGUUACUUGACCGGGUGGGACCACGGUGCCCGGGAGUGUUUGAAGCAAUGGGAGGGGAGUUCGGGGGGAGGGGUCCAGCUGGUAUGAGGUCGGAAUUCGUUGGAAAUGAUGACUGUAGCUUUGAAGUUGUUAAAUGGGAAAAUACUUGUUAAGAAUGCUUGUAGAUUCAUUAAAUAUUUAAAAAACACAAGAAAUCAACGAAGAAGAUAUUUUGAAGAAUUUACAAAACGCUCUUAAUAAGGUGUUUUCCCGGCGUCCGGCCAUUUGACCGAACGCCGUUUAUUUGUGAUGUUAUUGAACCCAAACAGAUACUUCAAUAAUACAGUCAUCAUUUCGUAUCCGACAGCCUCACUUCCAACCAGCACGCACUCAGUCGAAAACGCAAUGUUACAAUGUACAAUCAAUCAAUUCCUGUUAGCACUCAGUAAGGUUACACGCAUCUCUCUUUGUAAAUCUCUAUUUCCAUCCGUUCGCGACUUAUUGACAAAAAAAGAUGGAACCUACAUCACCAGAACAAAACUCGUACUUGUUAGAUUACCAGCAUAGUCCUCGUAAGCGCACCCUGUACUACGCCUAGCCUAGAAUUUGUGUAAUCAUUUCCAACUUAUAUUUGUAAAAUAGUCUUACUCAGAUUCGAGAGCAAUCACUCGAACACCUUUUAGUGCUGUUAAGAGUUCUUAGAGUUAUUUUUUAGCGAAAACAAAAAUCACGACGUGUCCUCAUCUCCUAGUAAUCGCGUAAAGCACCAAACUCCACUCGAUGAGUAUACUGCUUGAGAAACCAAUAAAGGGGAAAAUACUACCGAGCGAGAUGAACCACAAAAUACUCGUUUUGCCAUAUGAUCUUUGUUUGUAGCCCGUAGGUUUGAGUUUAUUGCGAAAAGUUUAUUUUUUUUAUGUUCAAUUGAAGCAACUUUAAAAGUCUAUAAUAAUUCCUGUACAACAUUUAGCGAAAAGUGCAGCAGUAAAUAUGAGCGAGAGCAAAUCUUUGCUGUUAUGGGCAGAGCCACCAGACGGAAUAAAUGUUCAACCAAAGCCAAAUAAGCGAUAUUCGUAAUAAAUUUAUUGAAAACAAAAUGGAAUGAAAAGCGUAUAGCAAAAUCAUCAACGAUUUAUGUAAAGGUUUGAUUUGUUUCUAAAACGAAGAUGAACGUUAAAAGUCUACUUGUUGAAGUUUAUAUUGAUUGGUUAGUUGGAUUAGACUCGAUUGAAUAGUUUGUCCCUUGUUAACUCACGUUUUAUUUUUUAGUUUAAUUCGAUUGUUACUCAAAGUAGUGCGUAAGAAUCCGUUAGUUGCAUAGAAUAGAAAUCCGAAGAACCGGAACAGGCUACCUUAAAGCUCAUCCAACUGGGAUUGUGAUCUGGAUGUUCCGAAGUAUAAAGAAUUUUUAAAGUAUUGUUUUAUCUUACCUAAGUCUAUUGAGAGAAUCGCAAACAGCUACAAAACUCACAGAAAGUGUUCCUUAUAGAAACAAAAGAGCUACGUUUUCAUGAAUGAGCACCGAUUACAAGCAAGCAGAUUAGUUACCAUGUAGAAGAAAAGCAAGAAACUAACUUAGAAAGUAUUAUUUUUCUUUACAGAAAGAAACAAGCUGAACCACUUAAUUUAAACAGGAAAAUCGAAAAAAAAAAUCUGAAUCACCAUUGGCAGCAAGUAAAAAAUGUCAUAUAAGCUCUAACAUCUAACUAUCAUAUUGAAAAUCAUUAGAAGAAUCAAAAGCAAAACGCUGCACCCACUAGUUGAUCUUACUCCACAUAUCCCCGUUCCAAGACUCCAGCCACAAUU